AUGGCAGAGCCUGGGCACCUGCCUGCUGGCUUCCAGGAGCUCGAAGUGCUGACUGUGGGCACUGUGCUGCUGCUGGAAGCGCUUUCCGGGCUCAGCCUCAAUGGCCUGACCAUCCUCUCUUUCUGCAAGAUCCCAGAGCUGCGGACUCCUGGCCACCUGCUGGUGCUGAGCUUGGCCCUGGCAGACAGUGGGAUCAGCCUGAAUGCCCUGGUCGCAGCCAUGUCUAGCCUCCGCCGGCGCUGGCCCUAUGGCUCAGACGGCUGCCAGGCUCACGGCUUCCAAGGCUUCGUGACAGCACUGGCCAGCAUCUGCAGCUGCGCAGCCAUUGCCUGGGAGCGCUACCACCACUACUGCACCCGAAGUAGGCUGGCCUGGAGCUCGGCCAGCGCCCUGGUGCUCUUCGUGUGGCUGUCUUCUGCCUUCUGGGCAGCUCUGCCCCUCCUGGGCUGGGGCCGCUAUAACUACGAGCCACUGGGAACCUGCUGCACCCUGGACUACUCCAGAGGGGACAGGAAUUCCACCAGCUUCCUCCUCACCAUGGCGUUUUUCAACUUCCUCCUGCCCCUCUUCAUCACACUCACUUCCUACCGGCUCAUGGAGCAGAAACUCAAGAAGAAGGGCCCUCUCCAGGUGAACACCACCCUGCCAGCCAGGACAUUGCUGCUGGGCUGGGGCCCUUACGCCCUCCUGUACCUGUGUGCAGCCGCCACAGACAUGACCUCCAUCUCUCCUAGACUGCAGAUGGUGCCCGCCCUUGUUGCCAAAGCAGUGCCCGUCAUCAAUGCCUGCCACUAUGCCCUGGGGAGCGAGGUGGUCCGUGGGGGGAUCUGGCAGUACCUCUCUCGGCAGAGGGGCGAGAGCCCCCUCAGAGCGCGGGAUCGAACCCAUUAA